ACCAGACAGACGAUCACCGUGCGGCCGGCCCUCGUGCCAUGGCAGAGGCUUACACCUUCUCAGCUCGGCCGACGGGCUCGAACCAGCAGUCUGCCGCAAUGGACCAGGCCUAUGCAGACGUCGUACUCCUCUCGCAAGCCUUGUCGAAAAGCAAGCGUGUCACAGAACGCAUGACAGGAUUGCUGCGCACCUUCGACGACCGUCUUGUUCGGCUAGAGAAGUCAGUAGUCGGCAUCAACCGCUCAACGACAGGACUUAGCAAGACCCAAAAGAACGUGGAAGCAGCUCUCGUAGCAAUAGAUGCGCUCCUGGGCGGACAUGACUCACUCGAGCGAGAACGCGCUAUCAUCACCAAGGGGCCAAGGGACGACACGACAGCGUACAUGGCCUCUAUGACGCGCCUCGUGACAUCGCUCAAGCAGACCGGCUCCAUCACACUCAACGGUCCGUUCCAGCAAACAGGCGUCAACUCGCACGAAUCUGCAGCUCAGAUGAGCAGUCUCCUCGAGACGGGCGCCAAGCAGAUCGUGCAACUCUUCACUGCUCAAGUCAGAGAAGCGUCGCCUGAGCGCGGUAUCGAUCUACGCGGCCAGACUGCCGAGACUGCUCAGUUUCCGCCAAUACCCGCUGCGCGCAUGGACUCUCUUCGACAACUUGCUGCCUUUGUGCAAAAGCUGCCGAGUCCGGCAAACCGGCUGGACGUAGAGAUGCAGAAAGCGUACGGCGAGAUCAGGGGGAAAUUCAUGGCCGCUUCGUUGGAGCCAGUCGCCAAGCAGGUCGUCGACUUUGCAUCAUCUCAGCAACCAUUGAUGACCAUGCCGAUCUGGAUGGACCUCUUCUUCGCAUUCGGCAGGAGCGAGUAUCAGUUAGCCUCGAGUGUCUUUGCACCUUAUGCGGCUAGCUUCAUCUUCAAGCAAGUCGUGCCGCCAUCUCUGGCACUCUUUGCAGAGACCGGCCAGAGCAUCAACGCGAUCAUCAAGAAGGAUGUCUCCUCGAGCGUCGCAGUAGCUUUCGAAGUCUACGCCGCCCUCAAAACACGCGAAGACAGAUUCGAGGAGCUCAUCCGGUCCAAGUCGGGCAGACGCGAGAACGAGCUUGUCGACCUUGCGCAUGCUUUCCGUGGUUCUUGCUUGCGUAGUUUGCCAGAAUUCCUCGAAGAGACACGAGCAUGGGGGAUCAAGCAGCUGACGCCGACGGAGAGUAUGUCAGCAGCUAUAGCGACCAUGACGGUCAGCGUAAUCAACUUUUUGCGGCAAUUAUCGCUUUACCAGGAUGCAGCCGAGGGCUUCUUACAAACGCUUGGGGAUGGCAAUUGGACAUUCGGAGCCUCUCGACCCGGUCCCACUGCUACUCGCUCCAAGGGACAGUCACUGCUCUCGAAGUAUUCAGAUGAUGUCUUCUAUACUCUGUUAGGCGCGCUAGACGCGCGAACAAAGAGCCUACGGACGCAGCGAGCAGGCGUAGCAGCCAUCUUCCUGCUCAACAAUCUGACCUACGUCCGACGCGAGAUCCACUCGAGCGGAAUCGAUGAUGUGCUCAGCGAGCAAUGCGAGGACGAGCUCAACAAGCGGAACAGGACUGCCAAAGCUGCCUACCUCGAGAUCAUCGGUCCCCUCGUUGGCUGUCUCAUGGAUGCAGCACCAGAAACGGGCUUGCUCAAGACGGGUCUGGGUGCGGUAGGAGUAGGGACGGGCGGACGGGACCGCGCUGAAGUCAAGGACCGGUUUGCGAGAUUCAACGAAGCGCUCGAAGAGAUCGAAAACCUCCAUGCUACUGCCAAAUUAGCAUCCACAGAGCCAGAGCUCAAAGCGAGACUGCAAGACGAGACUAACCGCAUGGUCUUGCCUACUUACAAAGCCUUCUUCAACAAGCACAAGACGGGCGAAUUCACAAAGAAUCCAUCACGGUAUCUUCGCGUUGAUCCUGAUCAGUUGCAGGCUCGUCUCAACGCACUCUACCAGUAGGUUUAAUGCAACAUUGCUCGUCUCGAUGCAUGGCGACAACAAUUCAUACAAGAGUGC